AUGAUGCCCGACACACCAAUGCCUGGCGGCAUACGCCAACUUCUGCCAACAGGUCUCCUGCUGUUCUGACCAUGGUUGUAUUUAAACUCGUGUCGUCGAGUCUAAGGAACAACUUUUAUCUCCGAGUGAUUUCCAGCCAAGAUAGUGACCAAAACGGGGGGACCCACUGUGGAGGUCGGCAGCAAUGAUGUCGGAGUGUUUGUUGGAAGAUCCCCAAAGCACCCCUGUCUUUGUCGCCGUGAACCCCUUCCACUAACACGCAGAUCCACGCCAACCGCGACGUCGCACUCUUCUUCCUGGAGAAGGACCUGCACCCAGGGGCCAAGAUAAAUCUGCACUUCACCAGGGCCCAGUCCAGCGCAGUUUUCCUUCACCGAGCUACGGCCAGUUCCAUCCCCUUCUCCACCGAGAAGCUCGCCGACAUACUGAGACUCCUCUCUGUCGGACCCAACUCUGAGGUAGCGGAGGGCUUGAAGAAAACUCUGCAAGCGUGCGAGGAGCCGGCCGCCACUGGGGAGACCAGGUACUGCGCCACCUCUCUGGAAUCCAUGGUCAACUUCGCCACCGCCACUCUCGGUACACGAGACAUCCUGGCGGUCUCAACGGAAGUCAGCAAGGACGGUACCCCAAAGCAAGAAUACGUUGUGGAGUCCACUGGCAUCGAGAAGCUGCUGGGGAGCAAAGUUGUGGCCUGCCACGCACAGUGGUACGCCUAUGCGGUCUUCCACUGCCAUGUCACCCGCGCUACAAGGCCUACGUCGUAUCCCUCGUAGGGUUAGACGGAGCCAAGGUGAAUGCCGUGGUGGUAUGCCACACCGACACGUCCAGCUGGAACCCCAAGCAUCUGGCCUUCCAACUCCUCCAGGUGACUCCCGGAACGGUCCCAGUUUGCCACUUCCUGCCGCAGGAACACAUCGUCUGGGCCUCCCGUCGUUAG